AUGAGGAGUAAAUCCAUAAGAAAAGAAAGAAACAGUGGAGAAACGUUAGAAGAUAAUAUUGAUGAAAUAAAUUAUUGUAUUAAAGUUAUUCCAAAGGACAAAAGAAAUAGUAAAGGAAAUGGAGCUAUAAGAUUAAGCACCUCACAUAUGAAUAGAGGUAAAAAUUAUAACUAUUAUAAUCAACAUAAUAAUGUAAAUAAUAUAAAUGAUUUUGAAACAGAGUGUCGUAAUUAUAUUGAAGAUGUAUUAAAAAUUGAUGAAUAUGUAAAACUUCCUAAUAGCAUAAAUAAUGAACAAGAUAAAAUAAAAUGGAAAAAAGCUCAUUCCUUAAGAAAUAGAAUGAAGGAAUAUGAUUUGAUUACAAGAACAAGAUUAUAUCAAAGUAAUUCAGUUAAUAAUAAAGCAAAAUUAAAUAGGGAAAGAUAUAUAAUAUUAAAUAAAAUACCUAGAUACAGAGAAGCGUUUCCUUCAAUUAUGAAUAAUACAUCAACAGAUAAGAUUAAAGAAGAUAUUAUACGUACAUAUCUUAAAACACAUGCAGCAUAUUUGUUGUCACAAAGUAAAAAGAAUAGUAAUUUAAGUUUGAAAAAUAUUGGGAGAAGAAAUACCUAUUUCUCAUUCAGAAAAAAAUCAGAUGAUAGUAAUAAUUCCUUAAUAAAUUAUAAUAAGCAUAUGAAUAAUAAAUCAAAGAGUGUAGAACAUAGUAAUGGCCCGAAUCUAAAAAAAAAAGAUCGAUCAUAUAAUUUAUGGAAAAGAAUAACUGUUGAUGAUAUAAAGAAUACACAUUUUACUCCUACUGAGAAACAAUAUUUAAAAGAUUAUAAUAUAUUUUUAAAUGAUGCAUUUAAUAAUUUUAAAAUAAAUCAAAAUAAUAAUAAAAGUCAACUUAAUAGAAAAAAUCAGAAGAAUAUUACUAAUUAUGAUAUGAUAAAUAAUAAAAUAUAUGGACAUAUUAAAAAUAAUGCAAACAACAACUUAUAUAUUAAUGAUCAAAAAAGAGAAGAUGCUUAUAUAAUUAAUCCUUCACCAAAUAAUAUAAUUACAUCACCUAACGCUGAACAAUAUCCGUAUUUUAAUAAUUAUUCUUAUUCGGAUAAGAGCAAAAAUUUAAACGCAUAUAAUACUGAAGGAAAAAGAAAUACAUAUACAAAUGAUGUAAAACGUAAUACAAAUUAUCAACAUUCUAAUAAGUCAAAUUAUUCUGAUGAAUCUUUAAAUAUGUUUUCUAACUCUUCAACAAGUAUCUAUGAAAAAUAUAAUCUAAAGGACAAAAAUUUUGUUUUGAAAAGGGAUAGAUUUGCUUUGUUGGGAAAAAUUAAAAACAAUAAGGAAAUAGAAGUUAAAUUGGUUUUAAAUAAGGUUUGA